GAGACCUUGUGUUUUCUGAAAACGAUCGACCUACAAUAACAUUAAAUAUCAAAGACAAUAUAAAUAUAGCUGUAUUUGAAUACAAAACAAAAAUAGAUGCUUAUAUAUGUGUGUGAACUGAAGGCCGCAAGAUUUUUUUUCUGCUGAGUAGAAGUCGGUCAUCCCUGAAUACAAGUAAAGGUACUUCUACAUACACAUGUCGACCAAUAAUUUUAUAUUUAGCUCAGUGUCUAGAUCACAAUAUGGCGCUAAAUCCUACAUGUCUGCACUGAAUGCAGAAUAUACGUUAAUGGCAUUGCUAACUACUUGAUCCUGUGUGGAAUGAGGUUGAGAAUAAGUUUCAGACUUUAGUUCUGCAAAAUGGAAUAUAAGUUGCAAAGUUUAGAAUCUAAUGACAGAAUAGACCACGUACGGGGAACCUGUCAAAAGUGCAGCCAACUGCAUAAAAGAUGUUUCGUUUUUGUGUGUUUGUUGUGCGCGUUGUUUGCAUUUAUCAACUUUCUCCUUCUGAUUUACGUCGUAGGACGCUCGGAUGUUGAAGCAGACAUUUUGAAACAAUUGCAUACUUUGCAGGCACGUGUCCAGACCCUGGAAGCAAUUAGCAGCGGUUCGUUGUCCGCGGUGAAUGAAGCGCGGCAUGAAUUUGUUGAUUUGGCGGAUCAAAAAAACUAUAUUUCAUCCUGGAAUACAUCACCAGAAGGCAGAGAAAAACGUGGGGCACAUAAGAAGAAUAAGAAUGUGAAUAAGAAACAUAAUCGAAAACGCAAACACAAACAGUGCUGCAAACCUAAGACAGCUGUAGAAGCUAUCCAGAUUGAGGGCGAAAUAAACAAUGAGGGAAUAGAAUUUGACCACUGGGCUUACGAAACUCUUUCAGGAACAUUCCACAAGUGGGAAUAUGCAGAAUGGUUUUUUAAGUUAAGGGAAAAGCAAAGAAAAAAACAGUUCGAACUGGAUUUUGGAAAUGGAUGCCUGACAGUGAAGCAAGAUGGACUAUAUCUUCUCUAUUCACAGAUAACGUUGAAAGGUAACGGAACACAAGGCUACCACGUGAUGAAAAACAACGAGGCAAUUUUAGCGUGUUACUCCAAUAAUAUGAUGUUGCAUGAUGAAGACAAAACAUCGUGCUUUACCAUGGGUAUUUUUAGGAUAAACAGAAAUGAUACCAUUUCUAUAAGACACAUUUCUACGUCUGGUGUCAGAGCUGUGUUUACUUCAAAUGCUUCCUUUUUCGGAAUGAUCAGGUUGGGCCGAUUUACAAAUAGUGCCUUAAUUGCCGUGUAGUUUGAAUAUACUGGUGGACCUGCAGCUAGAAUCACCAAUGGAUUUUCAACUGGAGGGAUCUUGGUCGUCAUCUUCAUUACAAUUUUAUUUACAUGUAUAUAUUUGUAAAUUGUACUGUAUCUUUAUCUGAUGUAAAAGGUUUUUAAAAAUCUACCUCAAUGAUUGCUGAGCGUGUUGUAAAUAUUAUAAGUGUAGAACUGAUCAAACUGUCACAAAUGUUUUAUGAUUGUAAAUAUUGAUCACAUUAUUCUAUUUCUUAACGAUAUAGUGUUUAGAUAGUGGAAUAAAUUUGAACAAGACAAA